AUGGCGUUCAACGGCUGGUACAACCGCCUCUACACGGUGACAGGCCAGUACAUCGACGACGACGAUUCGGAGAAGUACAGGCCUCAGAUCGAGAAGGGCUUCAACAAGGAGGGGCAGACCAUCCUCUACCUCGUCUUCGAGUACAUGGACACCAACCUGAAGAAGUUCAUCCGCAGACAUCGCAGCAACCGCGAGAAGAUCCCCGCGGCCACCGUGAAGAUCUUGAUGUACCAGCUGUGCAAGGGCGUGGCCUUCGUCCAUGGCCGCGGGGUGCUGCACCGGGAUCUCAAGCCACGCAACCUGCUCAUGGACUGCAAGACCAUGUCACUCAAGAUCGCCAACCUUAGCCUCAAUCAGCAUACAUCCUCAGAAGAAGACUUUCCAAGUACAGAUCUAUUACAUCAGUCAAUUACUAGUGCACCACCACCAUUGUCUACGAUAGGCAAUUUUGUUGAUGUUGCAGAUGGAAAUGAAGUGCCACUUCCUGAGAAGAAAGAAUGUGACUAUAGGAAUGGAAAGUGGGUUUCUGACAAUCGUAGACCACUAUACUCAGGGUUUGGUUGUAAACAUUGGCUUUCAGAGAGUUGGUCCUGCAGAUUAACCCAACGAACAGAUUUUGCAUAUGAAAAAUUUAGAUGGCAGCCUGAAGCUUGUGAAAUGCCAGAGUUUGAGGCCUCUCAGUUCUUGGGAAGAAUGCAGGAUAAAACCAUUGCUUAUGUGGGUGAUUCUUUAGGGAGGCAGAUGUUUCAAUCAAUGAUGUGUAUGGUCACUGGUGGAAAGCAGCGGCCAGAUGUGGAAGAUGUUGGUGCAGAGUAUGGCUUUGUGCUAGCACCAGAUAGAGCAACCAGUUAUGCCAUGCACCUUGGCCGGCCACCUGCUUUUCUGAAGAACAAUCUUCACAUAUUCCAUGUUCUGGUUCUUAACACUGGUCACCACUGGAACCGAGGGAAGCUAAGGGCAAACAAGUGGGAGAUGUAUCUUGGUGGAGCACCAAACAACAACAGGAACAUUUCUAUCAUCUGGAAGGUCAAAAAUUUCAUCAUCCACAGUAUCGUCAAGUGGAUGGAUGCCCAGCUCCCUCGCCACCCCCAGCUGAAGGUGUUCUAUAGGACAAUAUCGCCUUGGCACUUCUUUAAUGGGGAUUGGAACACCGGAGGCAGCCGUGAUAACACAAACCCUUUGGCCAAGGGAAGUGGCAUUCACCUCAACCAUUCCAAGGAUAGUGACGCUGAGGGUGCAGUGAGGGGAACCAGGAUCAAGCUUCUGGAUGUCACUGCGUUGUCACGUUUGAGGGACGAAGGGCAUAUAUCACGGUAA